GAAACCAAAAUGGCGAGCGCGCGGGGGGAGAGAGGCGCCGGCCCUGCUCUCUGCGUACAAUAACAGUGAGAAAAGGCACAAUAACGCGGAGAAGCAGCGGAAAAAAGAGGGAAAGAACGCGGGAGAAGAGUGAGGUAGCAGAGGGAGAGGCGGACGGGCCGCCGCGCCACUGUGGACACAGACUAUUGUCGGUUCAGUCCGAUUCUUUUCAUGAAGCGUUUUGAUCCUCAGAAGUGACCGAAUGAGAGAGGCAGCAGGAGCCCAGAACGUGUCUGUCCACCACAAAGCUCCUUCCCACCGGCAGGUGAAGAUCCCCUCAACCCUGGCCAAGGCCUCUUCCAAGAAUGGGCCCCACAGUGCCGCAAAGCUCGCCAGCAGGUUCGAGGAGGGCCAGGAUGUCCUAGCACGGUGGUCAGAUGGCUUGUUUUACUUGGGAACUAUCGCAAAGAUAAACAAACACAAGCAUCGCUGUUUUGUUGUCUUUGAAGAUCGCUCGAAAUCCUGGGUUCUCUGGAAGGACAUUCAGACAGGGGCCAGUGGAGGAGGCGAGAUGGUCUGCUCAAUAUGCCAGGAGGAAAGCUCAGAAGCCCCCAACGAGAUCGUCAUCUGCGACAAGUGUGGACAGGGUUAUCACCAGCUCUGCCACACUCCCACUAUCGACUCCGAUGUCAUUGCCUCUGACGACAAGUGGCUGUGCCGCCAGUGCGUGUUUGCCACAACAACAAAGAGAGGCGGAGCCCUGAAGAAAGGGCCGAAUGCCAAAGCUCUGCAAGAGAUGAAGCAGUCACUGCCCUACUCGCUGGAGGACCUGGUGUGGGACCAAGGACACAAGACCAACAUUCAGCAGUGUUACUGCUAUUGCGGAGGCCCAGGAGACUGGUACCUCAAGAUGCUGCAGUGCAGCAGGUGCAAACAGUGGUUUCAUGAAGCUUGUAUUCAGUGCUUUCAGAAGCCCAUGCUCUUUGGAGACAGGUUCUAUCUAUUUAUUUGUUCAGUUUGCAAUUCUGGGCCAGAGUACCUCAAACGUCUGCCAUUACAGUGGGUAGAUGUUGCUCACCUGAGUCUUUACAACCUCAGUGUUAUUCACAAGAAGAAAUACUUUGAUUCGGAGCUGGAACUGAUGGCCUACAUCAAUGAGAACUGGGACCGAUUACAGCUUGGAGAUCUUGGAGACACUCCUAAAUCAGAGCGAUAUGAAAGCAUUCUGGAAGCACUGAAUAGUAACCACACCAUGUUCAUGUCUGGCAAGGAGAUAAAGAAAAAGAAACAUCUGUUUGGACUGAGGAUACGGUUUCCGCCAGCACCGCGCAACACUGAUUCCCGGGCUGAGCGAGAGGCUGAGAAAGCAUCACACGAGAUAAAGAUCAAAGGUCGCAAGUCCUCCAAGCCCAUCCCAGACCCCAGCGCAAUGACCAAUGGAACCGUGAAGAAGGGAAAAAGGAAGAUGUCGGGGCAUUCGCACAAGACCCUCGCCAAGCUGAGGAGGUCCAGUGAAAUUUUGACACAGGACAAUGGAAAGCUGCCCAAAUUGGAAAAUCACCCAUUGGACCUACUCAACCCCAAGAGCAUCAAGGCUGACAAGUCGGCACCAUCUUCAAGUACCUCAGAUGUGGAAUCUAUUGGUGCUACGAGCACCGCUGAAACUACCUCAAGUGUUUCGAUGCAGUCCAGUAGGACCCGCACCGGUUGCCUGUGGCCAAUCACGCAGCCCUCCCAGAAGGGCCGUAGACAGGGCCGUAGGCGGGGCCGCCCACGACGGGCACUGCAACCCCCCAACCCAGAGGUCCUUCGCGAGCCAGAGACUGCUGUGCCCUGCCAGCUCCCAGGCCUCCACACGGACAUUGUACACAGCCUUGACCAGGACUCACAGCUCAGCCACCUGAAGAGCUCAAUCACCAGCUACUUUGGGGCAGCAGGGCGCAUGGCAUGCGGGGAGAAGUACCGCGUCCUGGCCCGCAGGGUUACCCUGGAUGGCAAAGUGCAGUACCUGGUGGAGUGGGAGGGGGUGACAGCCUCAUAAGCUUAACAUGCUCUGCAUUUGUCCACUUUCAAGGGACCAUUGCAGCCUCAGAGAAAGGGUCUCUUUUUUUUUUUCUUUUUUUUUUUUUUUUCUUUUUUUAAAGCCCAUUAAUAUUUGAAUAACUUGGAUUGUCUUAAAGUGUUUAUCUAACAUUAACAGUUUAACACACUGGGCUGAUGCCAGUCGGUGAAUGUAAGCCACAGUCAGAGCGAAGUAUUUCAUUUGUCUCUGACUGAAUGAAAAGACUCGACUGCCUGUGCUUUUUGUUUUAUGUCUGAGGGGUGGCCAAUUGACAAAAUAAGAAAAGUGUGCUGCUCCAACUUGGUUCUUACACUCAAGUAGUGCUGUUAUUCUCUGGAAAUGCCUUGGAGUCUGAGCAGUCAUCAAUGAAGCCUGUUUUUUUACUUUCUCCUGAUUGCACAUAUCGAAUUCACAGCCUUUUCCCCCUCACUCCUGGAUGCAAACCUUCUGUACGCUCAGUAGUAACUGGAUACAAAGGAAUCUACUGGCUUGUGAAUUUAUGUUUCAAGUUUUGGAAAUCUUUCCCAACUCUGAUAAGCAGUAUUAUUACAACUGUAUUGUGUAAAGUUCAGUCUGAGACAUUUGUUGUUCUCUAAUACAGGUAACACUGACUUCUUGAAGAUGUAACUUUGGAGGAAGAAAAGCUACAUUUCGCUAAUGUUAGUUUAAAAGUAUUGAAUUGCAGAAGUGCUUAACUUGAGUUCCUCAUUUUUCCGUCAGCUGGUGUACACCAGCAUAUUCGAUUUAGUCCCCACUGAACAGCAAAUUGUAUUGAAUGGUUCUUCUGGAUUGUCAUAAAACUGUUAUGCAGUAAGUUGAUAUUUGUGGCCCCUGCUGUGUAAAUGUCAUUUUUUUCUUUUACACUUAAUGUUAACGUGUUGGUUCUACAGAAGUUUUGUGCGUGACCCAGUUUAUCUUUACAGUUACAAACACAUCAGCUAGCGGGGAAUAUGUGAAGUGGGUCCACAAAGCUCAAGGAAGCGGACCCCUUGAAUUUAUUUCUUACGUAGAUGGUCCAGUUUCCUGUCUCGUUUCCUAUGCAAUUCAGUAUUCAAAGCAACUGAAACUUCUUGGUUUUGAUUUAAUUUUCUCAAUUUAGCCAUACCUUUUGCUUCAGGAACACACUGCAAUAUUUUACAGUCACAAUUUACUCAGGCUUUUAUUACCGGUGCUAUUUAUUGCUUUCGGAAAUGUGCACUUAGCUAGACUGAUACUGGUACAUCUAAACUCUCCCUCAGACCUCUCAGGAUACUGUCAGCAAUUUUACUGUAAAAGUAAUACUUUGUCGAGCUGUGACUUUGUCUCUAUGGUGAUAAAUUGGCAUUUUCGGUGUGGAAUGUAAGAGACUACAUGUGUCCUGUGGUAUCUAUUUCUGUAAAGGGGGAUUUUCAUGGGAGAUCUUUUUUUUUUUUUUUUUUUUUUUUUUUUUUUUGUAAUGCAUUCCUCAAUUUGAAUUUCAUACAAGGUCGAAGUCCCCCCCCCCCUUUAUCUUUUGUUUCACGCCGUUGCAUCGUCAACUUGGCCCUGGUUAUUGAAAAUUUCAUAAGCCUUUUUAUUCCUUUUUUCGGAAGGGGAUUUAAUUUUAAAUGUUCAGUGUUACUCUAUCGUUUCCAUUUCAUUGUAGCUUUUUUUUUUUUUUUUUUUACAGGGCGUUGAGGACGUUUCCACUUGAGGCAGCAGUGAUUGAUACCUCUUAAUUUAAAACUGAUUUUGUAUAAAUAUAAAUAUAUAUAUAACACAAAUGUAAAGAAGCUUUCCCCCUGUCUGUUGGUGUGCCAGUGGUAGAUUUAAGCUCUCUUGUUUGUACUGGCUUUGAACAGGCUUCUUCAGCCAAAGAAUAAACCUUGUA